AUGGAAAACUCAGAGCGUCUAUCAGAAGCAGUUGAGCAAGCAAAACUAGAGCAGCAAGUUGUGAUUGAAAAAUUAAACUCGAAGUUAAAAGAAUAUGAAGCGCUCGAUAAUCUCUUGUCGACUUUCACGGACAAAAGAGUUCACGAAGCAAUGAUUCCUAUUUCAAAAAUCGCGUUUUGCCCAGGAAGAUUUGUAAAUACAAACGAUAUAACUGCGUAUCUUGGAGCGGAGCACUUCGCGGUCGUUUCAUGCAAAACUGCUAGAAAACUCGUUUCACAUCGAAAAGGGAUGAUAGACGAACAGAUUCUAAAGCAGAAACAAGCAGCGGAUCUUGUCAGUCAGCGAACAGACAGCUUGAAGAACAUCGAAGAGGAUCUCAUAAAAGAAGAAUUGACCGAAGAUGACGAAAAACUGGCAAAGACCUUUAGCGAUCGGAAAGCUAGGAAGACUGACGAGGAGAUUAUGGAAGAAAUCGCCGAAAAAUUAAAGCGAACAAAAUUGCGAUCAGAUGAAGAAAUCUGGAGUGAAAUCAGCGGCUCUUCCGGAACAGAAAGAAAGAAAAACGAGACUCUAAAGACAGAAAGUAAACCUGCUCCAAAACAAAUCAAAAUUGAAGAGAUCUCCGAUGAAAUUAUUUCCCCAGAGCUAGAAAAGAAAGAAGAGCUUCCAAAACAUAACGUCCACUUCGAUUUUGACGAAAAAGCUUCAUCAUCGUCCGAUUCUGAUCCGGAGCCACCCCUCUCCCUCAAGUUCAAAUUUACAAACACGGAUGUUUCUCCGAAGUUCUCCGAUAAUAUGGAGUACAAGACCCCCUGGGAUAUUUUAAAUAAUCACAAGAAAAGGAAGCAACAUGGAAUUUUGAAAGCAAAGUCUUCAGUUGAAAAUACUCUUCCCUUGCAAGCUGGGUCUUCAGGAAUGUUCCCGACGCAGAUUCCGAGAAUCCCACCGAAGAGACAGAAUACAGCUUUUGGAGAUGAUAUUCUUGAACGAAACGUCUCGUCCCAAACAUGUAAACCUCCAACAAAAUCCAAAGGCAGUCUUUUCAAGCAAAGACGAUUGCGUUCAUGA